AUGGCCGUCGUUGGGCUGCUGCUCUGCGCCGCGGCUUGCCUCGCCGGCGAGGUCGCGAAGCCCCGGCUCGUGCGCACGCCGAAGCAGCGGCCCGCGCGCGUGCGGAUCACGCCCGCGGGCGACGCCGACGCGGCGCCGCCGGCGGCCAACGCCUCCCAGGACGACGACGCGCGGCGCCGGCUCCGGGACCGCAUCACGAACCCGCCGACGUCGGUGCCGACGAUCACCUACAGCGGCGUCCUCGAGGCGCCGCUCAUCCUGCCGCCGAGCGGCGCCGUCGACGCCGCCGUGGGCAUCACGUUCCUCCACGAGCUCGGGCCCGGCGUCGUCGUCCACUGCACGACGGACGGCUCGGAGCCGGACCGCUGGUCCACGAAGUACCUGAGCGGCGGCAUGAUCCACAUGAGCGGCACGCAGCACCCGACGCUGACCCUGCGCUGCCUCGCGCGCGCGCCCGAGCGGCUCGACGAGGAGUACCGCGACAGCGCGAUCGUCACGCGGACGUACGAGGUGCAGAUGGGCACCUACGACUACGACCGGAGCGGCUACACGGGCCGCGUGGGCAUGGCCUUUUUGGUGCCCUACUACCGGGGCCAGAACUACAUCGACACGACGGUGGACUACGCGCCCGCGCCUUCCGGCCACAGCGCGAAGCUGCCGUCCGUGGACCUCAACACGUCCACCUAUAAGUCCGUGCGCAUCCACGGCGUCGAGACGGACUUCGCCGAGUACUACACCUACGACUACAAGGGCGAGGCCGCCGACGUCGUCUACAAGGGCAAGUUCGUGCCCGCGACGCUCCAGUACCAGCGCGGCACGGGCGCGUACGACGGCCAGGUGAGAUUGCACGACAUGGCGGCCUACGCGAACGACACCAUGCUCCGGGGCUUCUUCCACGGCUUCGUCCAGGAGCACGCGCGGCGCAACUCCACGGAGCGCAAGGCCAUCUCCAUGCACUACCACCGGCGCUUCCUCGUGUCGGAGGACGAGCUCGCCGUCGCCGUCGCGAAAUUCGGCUGCAGCCCCUCGGACCGCCGCGACCCCGUGCACAUGACGAAGAACACGAGCCGUUUGAGCGUCGAGACCUACGGGUUCCUCGCGCCCUACUUCGACGGCGUCUCCUACAGCGGCAAGGCCGUAAGGCUCCGUUUGGGGACGACCUAUCAAGAGGUCGUGCUCGCCGAGACGACGCUCAACGUGUCGCGGUGCUGCAUCGUCAACGUGACCAAGGAGCUCUGCGUCUUCAACGGCACGGUCAAGGAGCCCUCGGGCCGCGUCUCGCUGGAGACCGUGGAGAACUACCGCGAGGGCAAUUUGACCGCGGAUCCCGACGGCGACGCGCCGGGCCUCACGGAGAGCAUCGACCUCACGAAGACCCACGAGCGCCUGCGGGGCUUCGUCGGCGGCUUCGCCGUGGGCGAUUAUGCGUAUUUCGUGCCCCACUUCGACGGGCGGAACCCGGGCCACGUCGUCGCGCGCGUCGACGCGGUGGCCUUCGACGAAUCCGCGGUCGAAUUUUUGGAUCUCUGGGACUACGACACGCUGCCCCACGGCGCCGGCACGCUCGGGGGCUUCUUUUCGGGCUUCGGCUACACGACGACGGGCCUCCGCGCGGGCGACCCGCGCGCGGGCGUCGAGUACGGCUUCCUCGUGCCGCACUGCAACAUCUACGGUCCCGUGGGCACGAUCUCGACGCAGUUCCCCAUCGACUCCUGGACCCACGCCAACGACUCGAACUUGGACUACAGCGACACGCGGUCGACGUCCCUGCGGAACGGCCUGAGCCAGCGCGUCGCCGUCGGCGGCGACCGGACCGUCGAGUACUUCCACGGCGAGUUCCAGGGCAGCACAAGAGGGCGAAAUUCCCAACUUCAAAGGCUCCUAUCUCGGCCGUUUUCCACUCGUUUUGGCUGA